AUGGACGCGCCCGAGGACGAGCUUGGACGGCAGGCGAGGGUGCAAUCGUAUAGCGAGAGUCUCGUCUUCGAGCCUGGGCAGGUUAUGGUGAGCACCCAUCCAGUCUCUCAUAAUGCGCGCAACCGGGACGUGCCAAGGCGAGACGUUGACGAGCGAGAGGUCAUUCAUGCUGGUGCCCUCUACCGGCAGAACGACCCACUGAAACGGAGCGUGAACGUAUGGAAGGAGCUUUAUGUCGUCCUGUUCGACAACUACUUGGUCAUGGCGAAGCUCAAGGGCUCGAGACGACUAGUCUGGAAGAAUCCAGUCCGGGUCGAGUUCCUCGCGCUUGACAGCCUCACCAACCGCCCUGUCCAACGCUCCAACACACUCUCGCGCAUGAUCCAGGGCCGUGCGAGCACCGACUCCCUCUCCUCCUUCCCAUUCUCCACCCCGCACGACGACGCGCACGACCUCAGCUCCACCACAAGCAACGGGAACACGUACUACCCCCUCUCCUUCCACGUGCACGGCAAGCACAACUGCGCGUACACCCUCUUCGCCCCCACGCUCGACGCGCGCAACGCAUGGCGUCGCCGAUUACGAGACGCGAUCGCUGCGCGGCGGGCGGCCCAGGAGGCGAGGGCGGUGUUCACACCUCAAGCCAUCGCGGCGGACAUGGCGGUGAGCCAAGACGCGCCAGCGGCGGCUCCGGGCCUGGAGUUGGUCGCUGUCGGAACGGAGGACGCGCUCCGGCGGGUCAUGUCACUCAAACAUGUUACGCAACUUGCAUACCUCGCAGAGCACGGGCUCAUGGUCAUCCUCGCCGACAAGGUCCUCUACGCCGUCGAUAUCCAGUGUGUCGUGCCGUCGGGCGACCAGCAGCCUCCGCAUACGGCGUUCGGACUUCGGGCGAUCAGUGCCUACGACAAGCCUGUACACUUCUUCGGCGUAGGACGGCAACAUGGGAAGACCAUGGUCAUCUUCAAGAGGAAGAAGGGGGCGAGUAUAUGCGUGCGCAUUAGUGUCUCAUUCCGUUGUGCUGACUAUCGGUCUAACGCCCCGCAGGAGUUCUUCCUGCCUUGCGAGACGCACGAUAUUCUCUUCUUGAAGACCAAGCUGUGCAUCCUAUGCUCAAAGGGGUUUGAGCUCAUGGAUCUGCGAGAUUUAUCGAGCGUCACGAUCCCUCAAGAAGCGGAUAUGCGGAGAGUCUUGGGCAAAAGAGCUGCUCCACGAGCUAUCGCCAUGUUUCGGAUCCGUGAAGACGAAUUCCUUCUGUGCUAUGAUGGUGAGCCUACAUCUGUAGUCUCACGUGGUUCACCCAACUGA